AUGAUACCAACUCAGCCACAAGCUGAUCCCGAGAUUUAUUUCGUCAACUAUCAAGAUGGCGAGAAUCCGACCCUUCCCUUAGGAGUAGACCUUGAAACUGCUCUCGGCGCCGCUGCAGCAGCCGGUGGUCAGGUUCUAGGAGGUGUCAAUGGCGCUGUUGGAGAAGUUGGUGGAGCAGCUGGAUUUGGUGUGGGUGGAUUAGGAGGCACAGGUGGGAUUGCUGGAGGACAUGGCAGUAAUGGUCUCGGGGGUGUAAAUGGACAUGGUGGCGUUAAUGGAGCUGGUGUUAGUGGAGGAGUUCAUGGCGUAGUGGGAGGAUUCCAGACCAGCUCGGGGGGUAGACCAGCAGGCCUAUACACCACUCCCUAGGUUUCUUUUGAAUACUUUUUUUUUGGAUAACCUUAUGAA